AAAACUAGAAUAAAUUGUUGAUGUUAUUUUUUACUGAAUAACAAUAAUUGGGCUCUAUUGUCAUACUUGUGAAUUAAUCAGACUUAACUGUUUACCGUACUUAGCAUAGUCUUCUCUGCUGUACUAGAGAUCACAGAUAAUAUACCAUUCAUAUAAUAAACCUUCAUCUUGUAGCAAAAAGAAAUCUGAACUUAAAUCCGCCUCCUGGCCACAGUCUCAGGCAGUGUUUACCUGGUGCAGCUGACGUGAGGGUGAGGGAAGACAGCACAGGUUCUCACAUCAAGUUUACUGCUAUAUAUUGUAAUUGGGUGUGAAUUAUGCUUCAGAUAUUUGAUCUCGAAUCAGAUGUGUAUGCCAGCUGAGGCAUGGAGGGCAGUGGUCACAUCUUCCUGAUGGUUGCCAGCAGGUAGUGGUAGUGAACUUCAGGAUGAGGCAACCAGUGUUGGUCAUAAUAUUAGCAGAGGUAUUAGCAUCAUUUAUAGCAGAGGGCAACAUCCAUGGUAUACUUGUGAACAAGAUAGCAUGUGAGGGAGGAGCAGCCCAAUUCAUCACCCUUGCAGGAACCAUCACCUCCCCCCUUUACCCAGGAGCUCCACCUACCCGUGUCUCCUGCUCCUGGGUCCUUCAAAAUCCUUACCAAGACACUGUCAUCUUAAGCUUUAGCAAGUUUAACUUAGAUGAAGACAAAAACUGUGGUAAAAAAUCACAUGAGUGCUGUCCACAUCAAUGGUUAAUGAUCAAGACUGACAUAGGCAAGGCAAAACAGCGACUCAGUCAAGUUAAUAAUGAUGAGGUGAAGAAGGAGUCACACAGCACAAAAAGGAGGAGAGAAACUGUUGGGAGAGAUAGAAGAAGGAAGGCUGGUGAAAACCUUAUUGGCAAUAAAAGAAGGACCUCACACGAUAAGCGACACAACAAAGAUCUGACUACGCUAUUUUCAAUUGACAGAAAACGGCAAAGUCAUCCUUGGAGUGUUGAUAAUACUGCUGUUGAAGAUUUGCGUGACCCACAGACACCACAAACCAAACAGAAUAGUAACACUGAAACAAACAAGGACUUAAAUGUUCACACUACUGUGGAAGAAUCAAAGACCACUGGACAUAUAUGUGGCAACUCAGCCCCACCUCCUGUGAUUACCAAAGCUUCAAGGGUGAUCAUAAAGUUCUACUCUGACACUGUAGCUGACACCAGCCAUCUGGACUUUUCACUGCAGUAUCAGAUAAGCAAUAACGAGACAGUUUGUGGAUCAGAUGAAUUUACUUGUGUGAAUCCUCGACUGUGUGUUCCUGACUCUUGGAAAUGUAAUGGUCAGGCUGAGUGUCCUGACUCGUCUGAUGAAACCAGUUGUGGAGCUGGUUGUGCUGGCAUGACAGACAGCCAACAUUGUGAUGGACGGUGGCACUGUCAGGAAGGGGAAGAUGAGUUAGGCUGUUUUGGUUGUGAUGCUGAUGAAUGGUGGUGUGGGGAAGGGACUGAGUGCUACAAGGCAUCAAGGCGCUGUGAUAAUAUCUCAGACUGCCGGAAUGGAGCUGACGAAAAAUAUUGUAGUUGCUUUAAUCGAACUCGUUGUGGACCAAACUCUGAGUUCUGUUACGAUUCCAAGACACAGAGAUGUGAUGGUGUGCUCCACUGCCCAAAUGGACAGGAUGAAAUUGACUGUGGAGGACAUUGUCGGCACAUGAUCCCGUGUAAUAAUGGUGGAGGAUGCUACACAUCUUCCCAGCGCUGUGAUGGAGCCUCACAUUGCAGCGACGGUUCUGAUGAAGAUAACUGUACCCCAGAGUUAUGUCACCCUCAGCACGGAGCUUUCCUCUGUGCAAAUCGGCGAUGCAUACGUGAUGCUUGGAGAUGUGAUCAGUUUGAUGACUGUGGAGAUGUUAGUGAUGAAGAGGACUGCUUGAGAAACUCUGUAAUAGUGGCAGCAGCAAUGGGUGGGCUGGUAUGUUCACUGCUGUUGGUAAUUGCCGUUGGGUGUACUUGUCGCCUGUAUGCACUGCGCAUGGGGAUUGGCAGGGCACAACACCAUGGCCAAAGAGUUGGUCGACGCUCCACCCCACUGGCACCUCUCUCCCGUCUCGAGCAACACUUGUUACAGCGGGAGCCACCUCCUUCAUACUCUGUGGCUGUUAAUGAUCCUUCAGCCUUACUGUUCGGUGGUAGUUUGAGCCGGCACUGGAGACGUCAACGUAGACGACCUCCGGCACCUCCAGAAGGAAUGUUGCCCCCAUUACCCGCGCCACUUCGAACUCAAGGUGCUCCUCUUUCAACACAUACUUAUGAUGCAGGAACAGGACACACAUCUCGAAGAGCUAGUUUUACUGCAGGUGAAGCAAGAGGUAGACGCACCACUGAGGAGAAAGAGAGUGAGGAGAGAGCUAAGGUUGGCGCCUUCUUCCCAGUGUCCCCUCCAGGUCCACAGGACCCAGCACCGCCUGCAGACACCGAGGACGUACCUUUGUUAUCAGCAAUUGCAGACUCCAGUGAAGAUGAGAGCAUGGAAGAGAGAGAGGAUGCUCCCUUGCUAGAUAUAAGCUCACCCCUCCAAGAGACAGAUUAUGAUGACUCUGCCUCAGCAAGUGUUAACAGUGCAGCAGAAGAGGCUGAGGAGAACAGUCAUAUAGAGUCUGCUGGCCACCAUGCAAGUUCAAGUGCAACAAGCCACAGUAAUGCCGCAGAUGCUGACUGCCACACACCCUUGGCAGCAGGAGGGUACACACAACCCCAAGAAAAUGCCUGUGAUAACAAACCCACUGUACUCGAGGAGAACACAUCUCUAAACAGUCAAGAAAAUAAUGAUGAUGAAGCUCUGUGUUUGACUGAUGAUCUCAGUCCAUAUGCAAGUUAUGAUAGGGAGGACGAGGUGAGUUUAGCUGGAGAUGUCAUGACAGACACAAGAGCGGCUGUCUUGGCUCUCAGUGCUGUUCAGCGUCACACAGACGGCAUUUGUCAGGUUGAUACAGAGUUAGUGUCACAUUGAAGCAGUUGUCUCACUGAAGUUUCACAGUAGAAGCCACACAUAUUGCUGUAAGAAAUUUUAAUUUUCUCAUAUUAAUGCAUGUGCUAGUUUGUGAUAUGCAUGGUAUUCUGUGAAUCAACCACAUUAAAUAACUUUGAGAAAUUGUCUUGGUAUAUGGUUCUACAUGUCAGUGGCUUCAAGAUAAAAAGUAAGUGCUGAAUUAGGUAAUCAUGCAGUGGCAGUGCAACCAAGAUGACUAAACAUCUGGAAGACCACAAGAUUGGUUCAGAUAGACAUUUCACUCAUUAGUUUUAAAACAAUGGAUUUUAUUAACAGCAAAAUGUACCUCACCUUUAUAAAGCUAAUUAUGCUUUCAGCUAUUUUUUUCUGUUUUAUAUUGGUAAAUUUUCUCCAUGAUCAGUACAUGCACCAAUAUCCAUUUUUGUAAGCACUAAUAGGAAGUGUUGAUUGUGGAUAAUUUAAUCUUUAUUUAUGUAUAGGUCAAAGGAAGUGUCAAGAGUGAGUGAAGUAUUGGAGCAGGACUGUGGUGAAAUUUGAUGAAUAUGACCAAGAAUGCACUAUGCUGGAUAAGUGUGGUCAAGAGUGAAUUGUGCCAGAUAAGAGAGAAUGGAGGAGUGUCAGCAGUGGCUAAACUGAACCCGCAAUUAUCAAAGCUAUGUGUGUUAUCAACCUUAAUACCUAAUAUAUAUAUAUAUAUACAAUAUAAAUUAUUUGAUUUAAUUUUAAUGGUUAUAAAUAUUUGGUAUUUUAUUACAUUUAGUUUAUGAACAUUUACUGUACUGUUUAUUAUUUACACUAAUAUUAUUACUUAUUGUAAUUAUGAGAGGAUAAUAGUAUUUCUUAAGUUUGAAGGAGAGCUGCUUAAUGCACACUUCCUCCUCUCUAUUAUUAAGGUUAGAGGAGGUAUCACUGUACAGUGUUUUAACUUAUAUAAAAAACCCUCGAGUACUGUGUGGUUAAACAGUUGCAGGACAAAUGGGCCCGUAUCCUAAUAUGUCUCAACCUGAUUUGACCUAACCAUUAAUAUUGAUGCCCAUUAGGACUGGACCUCAAUCCCUAAUGGUGUGGUUAGGCAAGUUUAGGGCAUGUUAGGACUAAGGCCAAUUUGGAGUAGUGGCUAUUUGGGCAGUCAUCUGGUAAAAAAUACUGGAAGAAGGCUAAGUAUGAUUUGGUGGUGAUGAUUGGUGCACCUCCAACACCUUAUAGAUGGGAUAGAGUGAGGUUGAUAUAGGUAAAGUUAUAUAACUAUCAUUAUUACAAUGAGAAGUAAAUACAGAGGAGCCUCAUUAUAUCAUUCUCUAAUAAGUGGUGGCACCCAUACAAUGUGUUAGCUUGUUGGGUGUAGGAAAAUAUACAGUAUGUAAGAAAACUUUACUCAAUUCUCACAUAAAUGAGUUGAAACUAUUGCAUCAAGGCGAAACUUUUACAUAAAGUGAAUAAGGACUAUCACAUUGCUAGACUCUUUGAUAACUCCUAUUAUUAAGGAAAACUGAAUCUUCUACAAUGAAGGUUAUAAGUCAUGAAUGAUAAAAUAAGGUUUUGAAGAGAUUAAACUAUGUCAAGAAGGUGUUCAUAUUGCAAUCACAGAGUUAAACUUUAAAAGAGCAGUUUAGCUCCAAUGUACAGUAUCUGUUAUUUACAUAUCUCUGUAAUUCUUAUUUUAUUUACAUCUAGCUUGUGUAACACAGGAGUGUACAUCUCAUAAUGCUGAGGCCUUCAUAAUCUUUGUUUGGGAUUGUAUUGUCCCAUAUCCCUUUUGGUCACAAUUUGCAGUAUGUAGGAUAUCCACAGGAUUUGUUAUUUGUUACCUGCCCCUCAUCAUCUUGAAUAAGUAUACAAUUAGUUAAGAGAGAAGUUUUUAUUGUAUAUUUAUAGUGUCAUGUGAAGAUAAGGUACCACAAUUGAUUUUACUUAAAGAUUAACUACCUUACCCCAUCCCAUCCUACCCUACCCCACCACAUCCUAACCCCCAGGUAGCAUUAGAGUGGUUGAUAUUCAGGUGAAAUAAGCUUGGGUGCAUAAUCUUCACAUGAUCAUACUACAUGAUAUUCAACUACAGUAAUGUAAAACAUUGAGGAUCAAGAAUGAAUACUUGUAUGCACUUAUAUUGAGAUACGUUUUGAGAUGAUGGCAGAUGGGCUUAUGAAUGUAAUUUUUUGUAGAUUUACUUUUCGAUUUAAUGUGAUGAGAGACUGUUAUGUGAAGAAACACUGAUUGUGGGAUGUAUAAUGCAAAUAGGAUGCCUUGGAUGUGCCUUUACACACACAAAUAAUGGUAUGAUAUUGGGAUGUAAUUACUGUUAAGAAAAUUAUUAACUUUCUUGUACUUAAACAUCAGUUAAUACAGUUAUGGUUCGUAAUGGGAAAUGGAAAUGAAAAGUGCAAGCAAGGGUGGCUGUCAAAAUUAUCAUGAAACAAAAUUUCCGAGGCAUUAAUCCUUUUUAAUAGGUUCCUCCAUUCUGUCCUGGGAGUGUUGCUCAUGGUGAUUGUUUUGGCAUUUUAUCCAACAUGUAUGUAUAAUCUCUCAGCUUUAUUAGUCUUUACUUUGAUCCAUAUAUUAUGUUUCCUUAAAUGCUAUCAUUACCCUAUUGGCUGAGGACAUAAGGAUAUGAAGAAAAAAACACUCAGUACAGUAUUUAAAUAAGUUUCAAUCUGUACAGUUAUCAUAAUUUUUUGCAGAUGUAUUCAGUUACCUUCAUUAAUGUGUGCAUAGCCAGUUGUAAUCUAGGACUUUCAUUGAUUGCCCAAUGAAUCUGGUGUUAAUGCAUGAUAUAUUGUGUGAUGCACCAUGAUUCUGACUUGCCUUAAGAGUUUAAACCUUUAUUAUUUACAAACAGCAACACAACCAGCUAUUAAUAAUUGUAUGGAUUUUGCCACUUCAAGAUUAAUUGUCUCUAUACAGCACCAGCAUAUGGGUUAAGGAAUUGUGACAUGACAGUAUUUAAAGUUUAAUUGUAUAUUUCAUGCUCUACUAAACCAAUUGAUUCUCCUUAAUUUGAACGUUACCAAUUAUGGAGAAUUAAAUCUGUGCUGACAAAGGAAGCUCUGACAGUAAUUUUGUCAAUUUUCAAACAUCAAGUAUACCAUUAUAUUUAAAGGAUGAACUGCCUAUGACUGCCUAGUUUUAUGUCAUAUGUAAUCAAUGCAUUCCAUAAUUCUUACAUUUCCAAUUUAUGGGUUUAUAUGGAGUGAAUGAGUGAGUGAGAGAAAUAAUGCAAGUAUGUUUCAUGUGAUCAUUUUGACUUACUGACACUACAAGGGGCAAACUUUCAUCGGUUAUCAGGCAAAUAUGCAACAUGGAAGCCUAAUUAUUGACAUUAUAUUUGAACCUCAAAUUACUUUUGAGUAGGUGGACUGAAAUUAAGGUCAGUGAGUCAUGUUACUGGAAGGAUUGAAAUGUAUCGGUACUUAAAAUUGUUUUAAAUUAAAUUUAGGUACUGUAAAUACAACUUGUAUGAUGUAAUAUACUGGGUAUAUAUUUUAAAUGAUUACUUAACAAUCAUUGAUUUACCUAAAAUACUGUUCACUCAUUUAUUUUGUUUAAGUGUAGUACUGCACUGAUAAACAUACAUGCACUUGCUAUUUUUCUUGUUUUGGUUUUCUCAAGAAAUUUUAUUGAUUUCUAGUCCUCUUGAUUCUUUUAUUGUGUUAAUAAUAUUUCACAAUGCUGUACAAUAAUAAUAAUAUUAUUAUUAUUAUUAUUAUUAUUAUUAUUAUUAUUAUUAUUAUUAUUAUUAUUAUUAUUAUUAUUAUUAUUAUUAUUAUGUGUUGUUGUUUAAACAGAUGAUGUACCAUUAUUUUAUAUAUUUAGUUCUGUUAGCUAAAAGGUUUUUAGAAAUGGACAUAUUUAGUUCUUGUUGAAAAUAUAAUUAUGCCAUUAUUAUAUUUUGGAGAUGUAGUACAUGAGUGGUCGCUGGGUUGAGAUGUGCUGUGAUAAUGGUUUCAUAACAAAAGUCCUUAUUCUCAAAGAUUCAUUAGAUAAUCUUUACUUACUGGGAAUAAAAGAAUGUGUCAAGCUUAGCUGGAGAUUCAACGAAAUGUUAAUAAUUUGGGAAGCUUUCUUGUGCUGUAACUAAAGUCAGCCAAUUAGAUAAAUUCUUAAUAACCAACUGGAAGGGGCUUUUAAUGAGUAAUAUUUUGAGAAUCGGUGUCCAAAAUUUUGAUUUUUGCCAUGGGAUAUGAUUAGUCUUCUAUGUUUUACGGAAGUCCCUCUUGAUUUGUUGAAGUAACUCGCAUACUGUAAGUAGUUGGUCAACUUUUUGACACAAAUUAGUUAUGGGGGGACUAUGUAAACCAAAUACUUGUACUGAUUAUCAGUCAUGAUGGAAUCUCAAAUAUCAUGUGCUAACUUGUAGGGUAUUUAAUAUUUCUCACAUUUAUUAUUAUUGAUGUAGGUCCAUCUUUACCUGGUUGAACUUUAUUUCAAUUAUAUAAAUUCUGUAGAAUAAUACCGGUAAUGUAGUUUGGUAAACCUGUAAAAAUAGAUUCAUUUUAUGUUGAUGGAUUUAAUUAAUGUAGUUUAUAUCUUCUCAUCAUAUGUAUCUUUUAAAUUUUAUUUAAUAAUUAACAAACAAAAGAUAUAGGCAAAAUUAUUUAGAAUUUAAGGAACAAAUUUUUAUUUAAAUUAUUGAAUGCCAAAAUUUAGAAUUAACAAUAAUUUAUUUUGUGCUUAAACCAAACCCAGUGUUAAUGUGGAUAGUAGGUCUAAUUUUAUAUCAUGUGUCUUGACUUCAGUCCAUCUUGAAUCAUGAGUUUAAAGCGGUGUUACCACCCAAGUGCUGACACUGACAACAUUUACAGUAAAUGACAAAAUGUUUUGUCAUAUGACAUAAUUUGUUAUUAGUUGUGUGAAUGCUAAGCACCAAGCAAGAUGCCAGGAGACUGUAAACUCAAAGGCUCUAGGGAAGACUUCUUCCUGGGCCGGAAUCUCCGUUAAGAAGGCUCCUGUACAUCAACUUUAUGGUCACCCUUCAUGUACACAAAUGUCACACAAGGUCACAGGAUACUUUUCAUGUGAACUGGCUUAUUAUUAUUAGGAACUUGACAAUAGCAGUUUGGGGCCAAUUUUACAGCAGUUUGACAUCAUUGAAAAACAUGGAACACAUUAUGAGACAAGUGAACACAAACUGCAGGUAUGGCUGGUAGAUUCAGAAAUCUAAUAUUACAGUACAGUAUAUAGAAUAGUUGCAAACAAAAUUUUAUAAUUAUAUGCACUAUAUGUUACUUCCUUUAAAGGCUGUAUGUUGGUACUCUACUGUAUACUAAUGCUACCAUCUUGCAAUUAUAAUACAGGUCUUUCUAAUUAUGCAAGGACAACUCAAGCUGUAAUAAAACAUAUUAAAGGAAUGUCA